UGUGGGACUAUAUAGCCUGCCCUCUGCACCACUGCCGGACUCACACUGCUGUCUGAUUUCCACGGGCACUGCACGACUUCACAAUGAGAGGGACCCUGCUGAUGAGCUUCCUCUGCGCCCUGCUCAGCCCGGCGCUGCAGACGGACUACUCUUGGACCGGCACCGGCACCGAGGGCAGCAACCCGGACAAGCAGACCGCUCCGGAGAACAUCUGCCUGACGGACGCGGCCUCCUGUGGCUGCUGUGUGAUGGAGAAGCAGAUGUGGCGCCUGGAGCACUACUUCAACCUGACGCUGCUGGAGCUCAAGAAGGGGCUGGACCAGGCGCAGGCCAGUCUCAACAUCAUCAAAGCGAGCCGCAGCGCCUUCUCCGUGGCGCUGACGGACACCCGCCGCUGCCUGGGGCCGGAGCGCGACGAGGUGACGGUGAUCUACCAGAGCGUCUUCAUCAACCUGGGGGGCGCGUACAGCACGCGCACGGGGGUCUUCACCGCGCCCCAGCCCGGCGUCUACAGCCUGGCCCUCACCGUCUACAGCGACGCCGGCUCCCCCAGCGCCCUGCUGGCCGCCUGCGCCACGCUGACCCGCAACGGGCAGCCCCUGGCGGCGCUGAGCGAGAAGAACAACCAGGACCAGGAGGACAGCGCCACCGUGGUGCUGGCCGCCAAGCUGGCCGCCGGGGACACCGUCGCCGUGCGCCUGCAGCCUGGCUGCUUCCUGUGCGACGACCAGAGCCACUACAACACCUUCUCCGGCUUCCUGCUCUUCCCCACCAGCUAAACUCCCCCCCUCACACACACACACACACACAGCGCCCCCUACUGGCACACCGGCGCCGGUGCACCUGUGGGCGCUCCUGCUCGUUCUGCUCCUCACUGUCUCGUCCCGCACCAUCACUGACCCCCCCCACCCACCCACUUCAGUCCACCUGACUGUCGCGACACGCUGUGGCCUGCUCUCCCGAAACACGAGGCUCUUAGCUUCGUUUUUGUCCUCCCCCCCCAAAUGAUCUCCCGACGUCAUUUGGCUGCUCCUGCACAAAGAUCCUGGCGUUCCUGGCGGCCACAGACCUGUCAUUUCGGUGGCACUGAAAGCCCCCUUCCGUGUCCGCCAGGGAAAUUCAAGCCCCGAUUUGGAGAAGCGGGCGGUAUAGGAGAGCUGGAAUUCUGGGUAAUGUGGAAACGUUAACCUUCGCGUGGGAAGCCGGAAUUGUGGGUAAUGUCGUAACACAGUCGGUCCGGAGGUCACCCGGAGCUCUGCUCUUGCACCUCUCGACAGCUCGGCACUGUCCCGGCCUGGUCCUGGUUCUGGAGGGUUGCGGUACCGGCAGGAUCUCUAGUCUCUUUCAAAGCACCAGCACCUGAAGCUGACCUGAUUGAGGUGGAAUGAUAGUCCCUCCAGGACCAGGACAGCACAGCUGUGUAGCUCUUUCUGGUUUUGCUGUUGUACAGGUAGUUGCU